GCCCACUCCACUGCGGACCCCCGAACACUUUAAGGAAUAACCCUUGGCAGCUGCACGAUUCACUCUCUCCGGAACCUCAUGGGCAGUUUCUCCCGCCGGCGAUGAUGGAGAACCUAAUAAGGGGAAGGAAUCCCCCACAAUAUCAGAGAAGUCCUUGUAAAGAAGUUCGUGCAGCCCUUCGGAAGAGGCCUGAAGAGGAGUUGCAGUGCCUGGAGAUGACCACCAAGCGGAAAAUCAUCGGCCGUCUGGUGCCGUGCCGAUGUUUCCGAGGUGAAGAAGAAAUCAUCUCAGUUUUAGAUUACUCCCACUGCAGCCUUCAGCAGGUGCCAAAGGAGGUCUUUAACUUUGAACGGACAUUAGAGGAACUUUACCUAGAUGCCAAUCAAAUUGAAGAGCUACCAAAGCAAUUGUUCAACUGUCAAGCUCUAAGAAAACUAAGUAUUCCUGACAAUGACCUUUCAAAUCUGCCAACCACUAUUGCUAGUUUAGUUAACCUUAAAGAACUCGACAUCAGUAAAAAUGGUGUACAAGAAUUUCCAGAAAACAUAAAGUGCUGUAAGUGUUUAACAAUUAUUGAAGCCAGUGUCAAUCCCAUUUCUAAACUCCCUGAUGGCUUCACACAGCUUCUAAACCUGACCCAGCUCUACCUGAAUGAUGCCUUUCUUGAAUUUCUUCCAGCCAAUUUUGGAAGACUUGCCAAAUUGCGGAUAUUGGAGUUAAGAGAAAAUCACUUGAAAACUCUACCAAAGUCAAUGCACAAACUGGCCCAGUUGGAAAGACUUGACCUAGGCAAUAAUGAAUUCAGUGAGCUGCCUGAAGUUCUGGAUCAAAUACAAAAUUUAAGGGAGCUGUGGAUGGAUAAUAAUGCAUUGCAAGUGCUACCUGGGUCUAUAGGGAAGUUAAAGAUGUUGGUAUACCUGGAUAUGUCAAAAAACAGAAUAGAAACAGUUGACUUGGACAUUUCUGGAUGUGAAGCCCUGGAGGACCUCUUACUGUCAUCCAAUAUGUUGCAACAGUUGCCUGACUCUAUAGGUUUGUUGAAAAAACUAACUACUCUGAAAGUAGAUGACAAUCAACUUACAAUCCUACCCAAUACAAUCGGAAAUUUAUCUUUAUUAGAAGAAUUUGACUGUAGCUGUAAUGAACUGGAGUCACUACCUUCUACUAUUGGCUACCUUCACAGUCUUCGAACGUUAGCAGUCGAUGAGAAUUUCCUUCCAGAAUUACCCAGAGAAAUUGGAAGCUGUAAGAAUGUAACAGUUAUGUCUCUACGCUCCAAUAAACUGGAAUUUCUUCCUGAAGAGAUUGGACAGAUGCAGAAACUAAGAGUCUUAAAUUUGAGUGACAACAGAUUGAAGAAUUUACCAUUCUCAUUUACCAAACUUAAGGAGCUUGCAGCUUUGUGGCUUUCUGACAAUCAGUCCAAAGCCCUUAUCCCUUUACAAACUGAAGCCCAUCCAGAAACAAAGCAAAGAGUAUUGACUAACUACAUGUUUCCACAGCAACCUCGUGGUGAUGAAGAUUUCCAGUCAGACAGUGACAGCUUUAACCCUACACUGUGGGAAGAACAGAGACAACAACGCAUGACUGUUGCCUUUGAAUUUGAAGAAAAAAAGGAAGAUGAUGAAAAUGCUGGGAAAGUUAAGGAUCACUCCUGCCAAGCCCCCUGGGAAAGGGGCCAGCGUGGGAUUACUCUCCAACCUGCCAGACUGUCUGGCGAUUGCUGCACACCAUGGGCCAGGUGUGAUCAGCAGAUCCAAGAUAUGCCCGUCCCCCAGAAUGACCCACAGCUGGCAUGGGGUUGUAUAAGUGGCCUCCAGCAGGAAAGGAGCAUGUGUACUCCAUUGCCAGUUGCAGCACAAUCCACCACUCUUCCCUCUCUAAGUGGCAGACAGGUUGAAAUAAACCUAAAACGAUAUCCAACUCCUUACCCAGAGGAUUUAAAGAAUAUGGUAAAAUCUGUUCAAAAUCUGGUGGGUAAGCCAAGCCAUGGAGUGCGUGUUGAGAAUUCAAAUCCAACUGCUAACACGGAGCAAACUGUGAAAGAAAAAUACGAACACAAGUGGCCUGUAGCCCCAAAGGAGAUUACAGUGGAGGAUUCUUUUGUUCAUCCAGCUAAUGAAAUGAGGAUUGGGGAACUUCACCCUUCAUUAGCUGAGACCCCUCUGUACCCACCCAAACUUGUUCUGCUAGGGAAGGACAAAAAAGAAUCAACCGAUGAGUCUGAAGUUGACAAAACUCACUGUCUGAAUAACAGUGUUUCCUCAGGCACUUACUCAGACUACUCGCCUUCCCAGGCUUCCUCAGGAUCCUCUAACACCCGGGUUAAAGUGGGGUCCUUGCAGACCACAGCUAAAGAGGCAGUACAUAAUUCUUUGUGGGGUAACAGGAUUGCACAAUCUUUCCCACAGCCUCUUGAUGCAAAGCCAUUGCUCAGCCAGCGGGAGGCUGUCCCCCCAGGGAAUCUACCACAGCGUCCUGACCGGCUGCCAUUGAGUGACACUUUCACUGACAACUGGACUGAUGGCUCACAUUAUGAUAACACCGGGUUUGUUGCAGAGGAAACCACAGGCGAGAAUGCCAACAAUAAUCCUCUCCUGAGUUCAAAAUCUAGAAGCACAUCUUCUCAUGGACGCAGGCCUUUGAUUAGGCAGGACAGGAUUGUUGGUGUUCCCCUGGAACUUGAGCAGUCUACACACAGACACACACCAGAAACAGAAGUGCCUCCUUCCAAUCCUUGGCAGAAUUGGACCAGAACCCCUAGUCCUUUUGAAGACAGGACUGCUUUUCCUUCCAAAUUAGAGACAACCCCUACCACCAGCCCAUUGCCUGAAAGGAAAGAACAUAUAAAAGAAUCUGCUGAAAUACCUAGUCCUUUUUCUCCAGGAGUACCAUGGGAGUAUCAUGAUUCUAAUCCCAACAGGAGUCUCAGUAAUGUCUUUUCUCAAAUCCACUGCCACCCAGAAUCUUCUAAAGGUGUUAUUUCAAUUAGCAAAAGCACAGAGAGGCUUUCCCCACUAAUGAAAGACAUCAAGUCCAAUAAAUUCAAGAAGUCACAGAGUAUCGAUGAGAUUGACGUUGGUACAUACAAGGUUUAUAAUAUACCAUUAGAAAACUAUGCUUCUGGGAGUGAUCACUUAGGAAGUCACGAACGACCUGACAAAAUGUUGGGACCAGAGCAUGGUAUGUCCAGUAUGUCUCGAAGCCAGUCAGUCCCGAUGCUGGAUGACGAGAUGCUCACUUAUGGAAGUUGUAAAGGGCCACAACAACAAAAAGCUUCCAUGACAAAAAAAGUCUAUCAAUUUGACCAAAGCUUCAAUCCCCAAGGAGCAGUGGAGGUUAAAGCUGAAAAGAGGAUACCGCCCCCAUUUCAACACAAUCCUGAGUACGUGCAACAGCCGGGCAAAAACAUCACCAAGGAUUUGGUUAGUCCUAGAGCUUACAGAGGAUACCCACCGAUUGAGCAAAUAUUUUCAUUUUCUCAGCCAUCUGUUAAUGAGGAUGCUGUGGUAAAUGCCCAGUUUGCAAGCCAAGGUGCCAGGGCAGGCUUCUUGAGAAGAGCUGACUCCCUGGCGAGUUCCACAGAAAUGGCCAUGUUUAGAAGGGUCAGUGAACCUCACGAGCUGCCUCCGAAUGAUAGGUACGGCAGACCUCCAUAUAGGGCAGGUCUGGAUCGCCAAAGCAGCGUUUCAGUGACUGAGUCCCAGUUCCUGAAAAGGAAUGGCAGGUAUGAAGAUGAACACCCUUCAUAUCAAGAAGUGAAAGCUCAGGCGGGAAGUUUUCCAGUUAAAAACCUUACCCAAAGGAGGCCAUUGUCUGCAAGAAGCUACAGUACAGAGAGUUAUGGUGCCUCCCAAACCAGGCCAGUUUCAGCUAGGCCUACUAUGGCAGCUCUUUUGGAAAAAAUACCAUCUGACUAUAACUUGGGUAACUAUGGUGACAAGCCAUCAGAUAACAGUGAUAUAAAGACGAGGCCUACUCCUGUGAAGGGAGAGGAGAGCUGUGGUAAAAUGCCUGCAGACUGGAGACAACAGCUGCUUAGACAUAUAGAAGCUAGAAGGUUAGACAGGAAUGCUGCUUACAAACACAGCACAGUUAACCUUGGCAUGCUGCCCUAUGGAGGUAUUUCAGCAAUGCAUGCAGGCAGAAGCAUGACUUUAAACUUGCAGACUAAGUCUAAAUUUGAUCUACAAGAACUACCUCUUCAGAAAACCCCGUCCCAGCAAAGCAACAUUUUAGACAAUGGACAAGAAGAUGUAUCUCCUAGUGGCCAGUGGAAUCCUUAUCCUCUUGGGAGGCGGGAUGUACCUCCGGACACCAUUACUAAAAAGGCAGGCAGCCACAUCCAGACCUUGAUGGGGUCCCAGAGCCUUCAACAUCGUAGCCGGGAGCAGCAGCCAUAUGAGGGAAACAUAAACAAAGUGACCAUCCAGCAGUUUCAGUCACCAUUGCCUAUUCAGAUCCCCUCUUCACAGGCCACCCGGGGACCUCAGCCUGGACGGUGCUUAAUUCAAACUAAAGGGCAAAGGAGUAUGGAUGGCUAUCCAGAGCAGUUUUGUGUGAGAAUAGAAAAGAAUCCUGGCCUUGGAUUUAGUAUCAGUGGUGGAAUUAGUGGACAAGGAAAUCCAUUUAAACCUUCUGACAAGGGUAUCUUUGUUACUAGGGUUCAGCCUGAUGGACCAGCAUCCAACCUGCUGCAGCCUGGUGAUAAGAUCCUUCAGGCAAAUGGACAUAGUUUUGUACAUAUGGAACAUGAAAAAGCUGUAUUACUACUGAAGAGUUUCCAGAACACAGUAGACCUAGUUAUUCAACGUGAGCUUACUGUCUAA